GCAAAGCUAAAGCACACGCUAAUGAGACGCUAAUAACGAAAGAAAAAAGUGUAAAUAUAGCAAUUUUUUUGAUGAGGGGUGUGUGUUAAAGAAAAUAAAAGUAGUUGUUGGUACAAAUAAAAUUCGCAUACUAUUUAAGCAAUAAAAAAUAUAAUUAAUAAAUAAAAAAUAAAUUCAAGGUUGUUAAUUUGUUUUUUAAAUAAAGAAAAAUAAAUAAAUUUAGUGAAAACACGAGUUGUGUGUCUACAAUAUAUUAUUAGUGAGUGCGUGUGUGUGUGUUUAUUUAAAGUGAAAAUUUAACCAAAAUUAUUAAUUAAGAAAAAAACCAACCUUAAUAAUGGAACGUAUUUUGCGUGGUAUCAUGCGUUAUCGCAAUACAACACGUGAGCAAAUGGUACGAGAAUUUCAAAAAGUUCGCGAUCAUCCAGAGCCCAAGGCCGUAUUUUUCACUUGCAUGGACAGUCGUAUGAUACCGACCCGUUACACUGAUACACAUGUUGGCGAUAUGUUUGUGGUACGUAAUGCUGGUAAUUUAAUACCACAUGCCCAACAUUUUCAAGACGAACAUUAUAGUUGCGAACCUGCUGCCUUAGAAUUGGGUUGUGUGGUCAAUGAUAUACGUCAUAUUAUAGUUUGUGGUCAUAGUGAUUGUAAAGCCAUGAAUUUAUUAUAUCAAUUAAGAGACCCCGAGUUUGCCUCCAAGCGUAAUCGUCGUCUGUCGCCCUUAAGGGCUUGGCUGUGUACACAUGCCUCUACUAGUUUGGAAAAAUUCGAAGAAUGGGUGGAAAAGGGCAUGAGUGAUCCUCUAUUGUUUUCGUCCGAAACACCCCUAAGACGUUUUGUGGCCUAUAUUGAUCCCGAGAAUAAAUUUGCCAUUGAGGAUAAACUCUCCCAAAUUAACACUCUAGAACAAAUGUCUAAUAUUGCUUCAUAUGGUUUUUUGAAGGCCCGUCUGGAAUCCCAUGACUUGCAUGUGCAUGCUUUAUGGUUUGAUAUUUACACAGGAGAUAUUUACUACUUUAGUCGUGGUGCCAAACGUUUUAUACCCGUCGAUGAGGAUACGGUUGAAAAGUUAACUUCGGAAGUUAGAAGAUUUUAUUCUUGAAAGAAAGAAAGUUAAAAGAAAAAUAUCGGGGGUUUAUAAAAGGGAGGUCUGUUGUAAAGACUUUACCCUAAAGGGAGCUAGCAAAGUACUAAGGAUUAAUGCCUAUAGCUUUUAACGAAUCAUAAGAGAUGGUAGAGUUGCUAUUUAUGCUUUUUUCGCAUAAAGUUUAUGAAGAUAUAGAGGGGAUGAGAGAUUGGUAUUGAUUUCUUUAAGAUUGAAAGGGUUAGUUGGAAAUCUUGUUUAUGUCUAGACUAUGGACUAAACUAUAGCCAAGACUAAAGACUGAUCUAUAGUCAAGACUAAAGACUGAUAUAUAGUCAAGACUAUAGACUGAUCUAUAGUCAAGACUAUA